AUGACACGGCAUCCUUCAUCCAACACUGUGAAUAUCCGCUUUCCACCGCUCAGACUCCUCCAGAAAAUGAGCCGGGGACACGUGGGAAGUAUGCUGUUAAGCCAGCCAGACCACCAAGGAGCACAGAGAUCAUUCUGGAAGCCCUGCCUCAUCUGCUCAGCAAUAAUUCUCGUGCUAUUGCUACUGUCCGCAGCCUGACUGAUGGUUCUCUUCCUUCCGCAGCAGCCCGCUGGAGAGGCCUGUGUAGCAAAGUUCGGACCAUUUCCUGCAAAAUGGCAAAUGACAUCUCCUGAGCCUCCUUGUGUGACUGAGAUGUCUGGCAUGAAGCUGAAGGUCCUUCAGAACGGCUUGUACUUGAUUUUUGGAAGAGUGGUUUUGGAUAGAGCGUACGAGGGUCUUGCCCCUUUUGCAGUACAGCUACGUAAGAAUGGAGACAUCUUAGAAACUCUGACAAGCAACUCCCAAGUCCAGACAUUAAAUGAGAUUCACGAAUUGCAUGCUGGAGAUAUAAUACACUUGUUAUUCAACAGUGAAGACCAGAUUCUAAAAAAUGAUACAUACUGGGGAGUCCUUUUAGAAGCGCGCCUUCCGUUCAUCUAG